AUGUUGCUGUGCUCUGUGGCCUUCGCCCUCAUCUUGCUAGGGGUUCCUGGCAUGUUGUGUGAGGUGAAGGACGUUUGUGCUGGAAACGCUGGCAUCCCUGGCACUCCUGGAUCCCACGGCCUGCCAGGCAGAGAUGGGAGAGAUGGUGUCAAGGGAGAUCCGGGACCUCCAGGUCCCAUGGGCCCCCCUGGAGGAAUGCCAGGCCUUCCUGGGCGUGAUGGGCUGGUUGGAGCCCCUGGUAGCCCUGGAGAGCGUGGAGACAAGGGAGAACCUGGCGAGAGGGGCCUGCCAGGAUUUCCAGCUUAUCUAGAUGAGGAGCUGCAGUCCACACUCCAUGAACUCAGACAUCAAAUCAGGCAGUCAGCGGGCGUCCUCAGCUUGCAGGGCUCCAUGGUAACAGUGGGAGAGAAGAUCUUCUCCACCAAUGGGCAGUCGGUCAAUUUUGAUGCCAUUAGGGAGACAUGUGCCAGAGCGGGAGGCAGCAUUGCGGUCCCAAGGAACCCAGAGGAGAACGAGGCCCUUGCCGGCAUAGUGAAGAAGCACAACACGUAUGCCUACCUGGGCCUGCAGGAGGGCUCCUACCCUGGAGUCUUUCAGUACCUGGACGGGGCCCCUCUGAAUUACACCAAAUGGUACCCAGGGGAGCCGAGGGGUCGGGGCAAAGAGAAAUGUGUGGAGAUGUACACAGAUGGGCAAUGGAAUGACAAGAACUGCUUGCAGUACCGACUAGCCAUCUGUGAGUUCUGA